AUGCCAUUUCCACGCAAGACCGUCCUCAUCACAGGGUGCUCAACAGGUGGCAUUGGCGCAGCCCUAGCAGAAGCCUUCUAUUCCAAAGGCUACCACGUCUUUGCAACCGCCCGAAACCCAUCCAAGAUCCCAAAAUCUCUUUCAAAUUCCCAAAAGGCUACAAUUCUAAAGCUCGAUGUCUUGUCUUCAGAAUCAAUCUCUUCCGCCGUGGAGAGCGUACAUCGAGAAACAGGCGGCACACUCGACGUCCUGGUCAACAACAGUGGCGGCGGCCUCCUAAUGCCGGCUCUAGAUGUCUCCAUUGAAGAAGGCAAGAAACUAUUCGACCUAAACUUCUGGGCCCCAUUCGCCAUGGUACAGGCUUUUGCACCACUUUUGAUCCAAGCAAAGGGGUGUGUGGUGAAUAAUACCUCUGCAAAUGCACACGUGCCGUUUCCAUUCAUGAGUGUUUACAACAGUUCCAAGGCUGCGUUUUCCAUUGCUAGUGAGACGUGGCGACAUGAACUAAAGCCAUUUGGUGUACGAACCCUCACGCUUGUUACGUGUGCGGUGAAAACGAACUUUUUCUCCGAGAAGGCUGAGAUCAAGUUGCCCCAAGACUCAAAAUACUUGGAUCUCCAGGGGUUUAUUAACGGUCUCAACGAUGGCAGUCUUCAAGAUAAGGCCAUUAGUGCGGCUCUGUACGCCGACAAGGUAGUCCGGCUGGUUGAGAAGGGAACUGUCGGAGAGGUAUGGGUCGGUACGGAUGCCUUCCUGGCUCGGCUGGCGUGGUGGCUGUCUCCUCGAUUCAUCUUUGACGCCAUAGUCCAGAGUGUUGUUCCGGUUUCCAAGGAAAUGGCCAAGGCAUGUGCGGCCAAGUCUAAGUAA